GACUUUGAAAAUUAGUUUAAAUAUUUAUUUUUUAAAAUGUUUGUUACGGAAUCCUCGUUUUAUUUUCUAAAAAUUCGGUUUAAAACUUGCCGCAAAAUUCGAGUAAAGAGAGUAUUAUACCAGCUUAACAGAACUACCGAACCAUACCAUCCUCCCCGUCCGUACAAGGCUGUACCUCACUUGCGUAGGGAGGGUAAUGACUCAUUGAAUGAUGAAACAUUUGGUUCUUCUGACUCUACAAGUGAAGAUAGAGCAGAAGAGGAAAGAAAGAGAAGAGCUUCUUUUGAAAUAAUGAGGAAGGAACAACAUAAAUCAUUGCAAGAGAAACAAAAGUUUAAUAUAGAUAAGAGUAGAGUUGAUUUUGACAUUUCUACCCUGCGGGAGGAAUCCAAAGAAGAGAGGAAAAGCAGUGGAUCAGAUGAGGUUUCAAUACCUCUGGGUUCAGAUAAUGAUUCUGAAAAAUCAUCUGUUCUUUCACAAACUCCUGCAUCCAGACCACUUGUGCCUCCAGGUUUUAAGAGUACAGUUAUAGAUAAAAGUCUCGGAUCAAAAUAUAACCAUGCCCAUGCAGCAGUGGUUGGAAAUUCUGAACGCGAGGAUAGUCUUUUGCGUGGCAAAAGCAACUCUUCUGCUAAUGCAACUUCUAAUGACCAACAGGAGAAACAGAUAUUAAAGAAAUUGGUUCGAGGAAGCAGCAAUAUGAAAGUAUAAGCAAUCGUGGCUCAAUUGAUAAUCAUAGUGGAAAGGGUCUAGACUUAUCAUCUGCUCUAGAUGUUUCAGAUAAAUCAUUUGGCACCGAGCCCAGACUCUGUACAAUCUUCCAAGUUUGCUCAUUGGUUUCAUGAAGAAGAAAGGAAACCUAGCAACAAUCAGUCAACUGGACAGCCAAAUAACUUGCUCUCAUUGAUAGUUGGCAGUGAAAAAGAUGGAUCCCGAGUAUCUGGGAACACGAGUGACAAUAUUCUACCUAAUCUUCCCUUCCAAAACUCUGAAAUAUCAGAGAAACUUAUGACCUCAGAUGUGGGAUCUGCCACAGUCGGUAGUAUCGAUCAGUUGUACAAGAAUAAUAAAUCACAGCCAGUUUCUGCAGUUCUUACGUGUGAAGAUCUUGAACAGUCGAUUCUGUCAGGAAUUGGUGACAAUAGUUCAAUCAUACAACCACCUGUUCAAAGCCGCAGGGACCCCGAUGGGAAGACUAAGCAGCCAAAAGUUAAUACUGAUGAUCUUGCAUCCCAGCACCUCCUUUCAUUAUUACAAAAGGGGACUAGCCUGAAAGAAAUGGAAUCAUCCUCCAAUCUAGACAAGUCGUCUUCUGACAGUUUUUAUGAUGACAAAGACCCAAGUAUUGGCAGUGCACUUCUCAAUUCCAGAGAGGGUAAAGUCGAAAAUGUUUCUGACUCAGCAAAGUCUUUAACUCUUGAAACACUAUUUGGGUCUGCUUUUAUGAAGGAGUUGCAAUCAGUUGGAGCUCCAGUCUCCAUCCAAAGGGGUCCAGUUGGAUCUUUGAAAAAUGAUGUCUCUGAUCCCCAUAGACUUCCUUUUCCUGUUGUAGAUAAUUUCCUCCCAUCUUCAAAUGACAUAGGAUUUAGCACCACUGUUCAUGAUAUCAGUGGUUUGACAGCAAAUAAAAGGAAGCAAACCAAGUUCGAUAACAUUGAAGAGCAGUGGUUAAGCUUUGAUAACUCCCAAGCGGAACAAAAUACAUCACAUCUUCGUACUAACUUAGGGUCUAAGGUUGUUGGAUUUAAUGUGCCUGCUGGUGUUGCGCUUCCUGAAGAGGAUAGCUUGAUUACAGCGAGUGUUCCUCUGAAUGUUGAAAACUUUAUGCCGUCUGGGAAUACAGUUAAAACUGAGAUGCUCUCAUCUGCAAAUCCACAAGUCGACUUUGUUGAAAAGUUGGCAUCCUUCAAUUCCUCCUUUGGAGAUGAAAGAUCUAUUAGGGGAGGUCAAGAACCACCUUUCCUUCGUGGUCCUUACGAUAGGACAGAGUCCAGUAAUCCUUACCAGAAUCUUAAUGUUCAACCAUCUUUUCCUCAGCUCCAUCAACAAUUGAAUAACAUGGGGCCUUUGUUCCAUCAUUUAGAUUCACAUCCUGUUAAUGUUGGUUCCCAGAUGAAGUUUAUGGGUCCAGAAGCUGCCACUCAUCAUGAUCCUGCGCCAAAUCACCAAAUUCCUGUGAAUAUGCUUCGUCCUUCUUUCCAUCACUCUGGCCCUGGACUAUCUGGGUUUGAUCAACCCAUUCCUCACCCUCUGUUGCAGCAGAUGCACAUGGCAGGCAGUUUUCCACCUAACCUUCUGCAAGGAUUACACAGGGGUCCAUCACUGCCUACACAUCCGAACCGAAGUGCUCCUAUGCCUGCUCACCCAAACUUCGGUAGUGUUGGCAUGCCACAACCAGCACCUGAUAUUGGCAGUGGAGCAACCAUCCAGAGGCAUUUCAAAGGCUUAUCGAAAUGGAGUUCAGGUCAAAUUCAAAGCAGAUUCACCCCUUUGCUACAGGUGGUGGGGGUCCUGGUCCUGGUCCUGGUGGACACAGUCACGGGAUGUAUGGUCAUGAGCUGGACAUGGGUUUUGGGUUUAGAUAGUAGAUAUAAACGCCUGUGUACAUCACUGUAUUCAUUGUCUUUUGCUCAGAUCUGCAACUCUCAUCGUGGAAAAUGGUCUUUCUUUGUCCUUCCCUUUUUCCUCCAUUCCCUCUUAUUCUCACCUUUCCUUUUGGUUGGGAUGGAGAAAAGGUAUAAUGGUGUUUCACUUUAAGCAGGACUGGACGGCGUCAGUGUAUGAAUUUUUCUUGCAAUUGCCAUUUACUUGAAUGCCUAGCUUUUGAAACCCAAAUGAUAUUAUAUGUGCACGAAUAAUCAUUCAUACACAACCGCUGGAAUCAUAAUUAUGUAUAUAGGAAUGUUAUUUAUUGUAUUUGCCAAAAAUUAUUAUAUUUU